AUGUCAAGUUAUGAGUACUUGCACAUGAUCAGAGACAUAAACGAUUCAACUGUCUGGUGGGAUGCUAAGGUCGUAGUAUAUGACAAAACGCACCCCCGUCGCGCAUCGUCCAGCCCGCGUCUAUACCAACGCAUAACUUUCAUGGAUACACUGGGACAAAAAGUUGAUGCAACAAUAUUCGGAGACGACGACAUUGCUUUUUUCGACCACGCAUUCAACUUGCACGAAACGUAUAUAAUCAGUAACGCGUGGGUAAAUUGCAUCUCCGAGAAGUGCUACAACAGACACAACUAUCCGUAUCAGUGGGUCGUUGAUAUAGAUACGGAAUUUCGUUUGGAAGUGUCCGAUCCUAUCCCACGUUCCCUCCUACAACAUCACUUUACUUCUUUCUCCGACAUUCAUACCCUCAUCGGCAAUGAACAUUUACAUCUCGAUAUUCUUGCUAUAGUGAUCGACCGAAAGGAACCACGCUCAGUCUUUGCAAGAGGCGGACUAAAUCACAUUAAAGAAUAUGUUUUGCUGGAUCAACAGCAUAAAGCCGUUGUGCUAACUUUGUGGAACGUCGUCGCUGAAUCGGAAGGAAAUGUCAUCGACACUUGCAUAGACACCCUCCCAAUUAUACGAGCAACUGCACUUUUCGUCUCUCCAUAUUACGGUGGAUCUCUCGGCUCAACAAUGUGGACAACUGUUGCGGUGAAUCCACAAAUUCCCGAGGCAGCAGCUUUGAAAUCGUGGCGACAAAAUAACAUGCUCGCUAUAGCAGAAGCCGUAAAAGGAAAGCAACACUUCGAUAAAAUCUCCUCAAUUUCGGACAUAUUUGUCGACACGAAGGUUGACGAAUUCGAUGUCAGAGUUACGGCAAAAAUCACUCGGCGUAACCAGAAAGGAUUCUAUAUGGGAUGCGGAGAAUGUCGUUCGGCUGUUAGUGCAGAUUACAACUACAACUAUACUUGCAAUAUUUGCAAGAAGAAUACUACUGCUACACCACACGAAAGCAUUCUCCUAACCGUUACCGAUCCCAGUUGCUCGUUGGAUGUUAUCGCCUUUGGAGAACAGGCUGUCAAGUUUACACGUGUGAAUGCCGUAGCCUGCAUGGAGAUGUUCGACAAGGGCCUUAAACUUACCACGGACGAAAUUAAUACAACGCUCGGCAAGGUUUCUUUUCUGAUGAAAAUCAAGAAAAAGAAACGCGAGUUUCGAAAUGCAGUUGAAUUCCAAUACACUGUCGUGAAGAGUGAAGUUAACACAGAGGCUGCGGCAUCUUCCAGUCAUUAA